AUGGCCAGACCCAAGUCUGACAUGAUGGAUGAACGGAACACGCCGCUCAGGAGUCAUCCGCCAGUCAAGCCUCUGGCUCAAGGCGUCACCGACAAGGAAGGUGGCCGUGCUGUUAUUACUCCGCCAUGUGGAAGCCUGUUUGAAAGCCAGCCACAGGGCCGUUCCCAGGAACAGAACCAGCAACAGAACCAACCUGUCAGUCUUUUCAAGCGACGGGACCAUUGCGAGCUGCCUCCUAUCCAGACCAGUAGGCUUGGGUUUCUCCCAAACUCCUCGACUGGCUAUUUGGAUCGUUCGGACUCGGAUCUUAGCGCAGGCCAGCCUUUCCUGCCCAAGCGUCUCGACAAAUCUCCUUUCCACUCGAACAAGUUCGCCGUUCCGGGAGAGCGAGAGCAUGACAACGGUCAAACGCAGCACGAUGAUUCCAAAGAAUCCAAGCACAAAGAGGAAUAUAACAAGUUUCGUGCCAGCCUGAACAAUAGCCUGGAGGAUGAUUCUUCCAUUGAACAGGAUGACAGUGGACAGCGCGACAGCUUGGUAGCCGAACAAAAGGAUCAAGUUAAACUGUUUCGUUCCAGUUUGCUUGCUGGUGCCAGGGCCCAAGAAGAUCGACGCGGCCGUGUCAGAAGGACUCCACCCCCGCCUGACGAUCCUCAAAUUGGUCCCAACGUGGCUUCCGAAUCGGAAUCGCAUGCUUCCGUUAUCAGCGAGAACAAAGACUGCGUCGUUCCUGUUCGAGAAAAUGACGAAUUUUCUCUUCCAGAGACACUGAAACCCACUACAUCUUCCCACGAAGAGAGCGAAGAAUAUCUGGAUCGCCUCAUUGCUGAACUGGAGGCCGAAGAUGGAAACGAACCUGACGUGGACGCAAUCACUAUCCGCGCCGGGGAAAUUCCCCCAUACCCUCCUGCUCUGCUAGAGACUAAGGUCGACGAGGGCCUCGACGAUGAAGAGGUGGUCCUUCGGCGCAAGAAGUAUGGCUGGAAUCGCAUGAAGGAACAGAAACGGAACCACUUUCUCAAGUUCCUUUCCUUCUUCAAUGGCCCGGUCCAGUGGGUCAUGGAGGUCGCCAUGGUCCUAGCCGCCUGCUUGCGGGAUUGGAUAGAUUUCGGAAUCAUCCUUGCCCUGCUCAUAUUGAAUGCCGUUGUCGCAUUUGCUCAGGAAUACCAGGCGGGCAACAUUGUCGAUAGCCUCAGGAAUACUCUUGCCCUGAGAGCUCUGGUCAUUCGCAACGGUUACAUGGUGGAGAUAGGUGCUGAAGAGGUCGUGGUUGGUGAUAUCAUUCACGUGGACGAUGUGAGUUCAUGGCGAUUUGAAAAAAAAGGGGGAAAUAUUUUGACGCUAAUAUUCGUUCAGGGCACAAUCGUUGCGGCAGAUGGCAGACUGGUAUGCGACGACGACACCUGCAUUCAGGUUGAUCAGUCUGGAAUCACGGGGGAAUCCCUCGCCGUGGAUAAGCACAAAGGAGAUGUUAUCUUUGCCUCCUCGGCAGUCAAACGUGGGGAUGGGUUCAUGGUUGUGACUGCCACUGGUGACCAUACAUUUGUCGGAAAUGCAGCCGUCCUGGUGAACAAGGCAGGCAAUACCACAGGCCACUUCACUCGGGUCCUGAACGCAAUGUCGCGGGUCCUUCUGAUUCUGGUACUUCUCACCCUGCUGGUUGUCUGGAUCAGCGGUUAUUAUCGCUCAAAUCCGAUCGUCCAGAUACUUGAGUUCUCGCUCGCAGUCACCGUCACUGGAGUCCCAGUUGGUCUUCCCGUGGUUGUCACGACAACAAUGGCCGUUGGUGCAGCUUAUCUGGCCAAACACAAGGCUAUCGUGCAAAAGCUCGAAGCUAUCGAGUCGUUGGCUGGAGUGGAGAUUCUCUGUUCAGACAAAACGGGAACACUCACCCGUAACAAGCUGACAUUGGGAGAUCCAUAUAUAGCCCCUGGAAUGAGUGCAGAAGAAAUCAUGCUGACUGCAUGUCUUGCGGCCAAUCGAAAGAAGGGCGGGAUCGAUGCUAUCGACAAAGUAUUCCUCAAAGGUCUCCGCCACUUCGCGUGGGCCAGGUCUCAGAUCACCUCGUACAAGACUCUCGAUUUCUCUCCAUUUGAUCCAGUGUCAAAGAAGGUCGUUGCCUAUAUGCAAGCUCUGAAUGGUGAGAGGGUCCGUUGUAUGAAGGGUGCUCCUAUGACCAUCCUGAGAACAGUGGAGAAGGAGACGACACUCUGCGAGCCGUUUUGCAAUGAGUAUGAGGCUAAGGUCAAUGAGUUUGCUAGCCGAGGAUUCCGUGCACUCGGUGUCGCCCGCAAGCGUCAAGGACGGCCAUGGGAGAUUCUGGGAAUCAUGCCAUGCUUGGAUCCCCCACGCCAUGACACUGCUAAGACAGUGUCCGAGGCCCAAGGCCUGGGACUCUCUAUCAAGAUGCUCACUGGGGAUGCGGUGGCCAUUGCGCGCGAAACGGCACGUAGACUCGGUCUGGGAACCAACAUUUACAACGCUGAACGCCUUGGUGUCACUGGUGCCGGCUCCAUGUCUGGCUCGGAAGUGAAUGACUUUGUUGAGGCCGCUGACGGCUUCGCAGAAGUCUACCCCCAGCACAAGUACAGUGUGGUUGACAUACUCCAGCAACGCGGCUAUCUGGUGGCAAUGACCGGUGAUGGUGUCAAUGACGCUCCUUCGUUGAAGAAGGCGGACACGGGAAUUGCGGUGGAGGGCGCAUCCGAUGCGGCCCGUUCUGCUGCUGACAUUGUCUUCCUGGCACCUGGUCUGUCCGCAAUCAUCGAGGCGAUCAAGAUCGCUCGCCGGAUCUUCCGCCGCAUGUACUCAUACGUGGUAUUCCGGAUCGCCCUGUCCAUUCACUUGGAGCUCUUCCUCGGACUCUGGAUGGUGAUCAAGAAUGAGACCCUCGACCUCCGCCUGGUUGUUCUUCUCGCUAUCUUUGCCGACAUUGCGACCUUGGCCAUUGCAUAUGACAAUGCGACUUAUUCUCAGUCUCCUGUCAAGUGGAACAAGCCCAGACUCUGGGGAGAAUCAAUUGUUCUAGGGUUCAUUCUUGCAGUCGGCACCUGGGUGACUUUGGGCACCAUGCUGCUGCAAGGCGAAGACGGAGGUGUUAUCGAAGGCGGGGGCUCACGAAACGGGGUCUUAUUCCUGCAGAUUGCUCUGACCCAAAGCUGGUUGAUUCUGAUAACUCGUGUCGAUGGAUCUGGAUCGAGAUCGCACCGGGCGAACUGCCCAUCUUUUGCCCUUCUCGUCGCCGUGCUUUCUGUCAAUAUUACCGCAACCUUGAUGGCCGCAUUCGGUGCCUUCUGCCAAGCCACGUCCUGGUUAACCAUCGUCCGUGUAUGGGUUCUUUCCUCUGGGGUAGCAUGUGUGAACUUACUGGCGUACACCGUGAUGCAUAACUCAGAAAGGUUUGAUAACGUUAUGCAUGGCAAAGGCCCUCGGAAGAGGGACAGAGAGCGCUCGUGGGAAGACUUCGGUAAGUUAGCAGUGACUCGAUUCUUCCUCACGUCUUUGGCAUGGGUAACUAACCGAUCACAGGUCUUAACAUGCAGCGAAUGGCCAGACAGCAUGAGACGAGCAGUUAGUGGUGGUUUGAAACCCCCAAGUUCUACAAGUAAGGAUGAUGAACUGAUGAUGAUGAUGAUGAUGAUGAUCAAUGGGGAUGCCUCUGAUGGAUGCAUUUUAAUGAUCUUAUCAUGUGAAGGAGGGAUGGAAAUCGGAUGA